AUGCUGGCCCUGAGGCUGCUCAACGUGGUGGCCCCCGCCUACUUCCUGUGCAUCUCCCUGGUGACCUUGGCGCUGCAGCUCUUCCUCUUCCUGCCCAGCAUGCGCCAGGACCCCGCGGCUGCCCGGCUCUUCCCUCCCGCACUGCUCCACGGGGCGCUCUUCCUGUUCCUCUCCACCAAUGCCCUGGGCAAUUAUGUCCUGGUCAUCCAGAACUCCCCCGACGACCUGGACGCCUGCCAGGGGCCCUCGGCCAGGAGGGCCCCGUGCCCCCCGCCCAGCACCCACUUCUGUCGAGUGUGCGCCAGAGUCACCCUGAGGCAUGACCAUCACUGUUUCUUCACGGGCAACUGCAUCGGCAGCAGGAACAUGCGCAACUUCGUCCUGUUCUGCCUCUACACCUCCCUUGCCUGCCUCUACUCCAUGGUGGCCGGCGUGGCCUACAUCUCAGCAGCCCUUUCCACCUCCUUCGCCCACCCCUUGGCCUUCCUCACGCUCCUUCCCACCUCCAUCAGCCAGUUCUUCUCCGGAGCUGUCCUCGGUUCUGAAAUGUUCGUCAUCCUCAUGCUCUACCUCUGGUUUGCCAUCGGCCUGGCCUGCGCGGGCUUCUGCUGCCAUCAGCUGCUGUUGAUCAUCCGGGGACAGACCCGCCACCAGGUGCGGAAGGGGGUGGCGGUGAGGUCCCGGCCCUGGCGCAAGAACUUACAGGAGGUCUUCGGGAAGAGGUGGCUGCUGGGCCUGCUGGUCCCCAUGUUCAACGUCGGAGGUGAGAGCUCCAAGCAGCGGGACAAGUAG